CGGAAGUCGGAGGCGACUACCUGUGCUAAUUAGCUAUCUGAGUCUCCCAACACAUUUGUGGGAACAAGGACGCCACAAACGUGUUGUAACUGAAAAAUACUGCCGGCUGCAACGGUUAAAAACAGGAUACAGUAGGCGAUGCCAUGCAUAAUACAUGUCAGGAGCACAGGGCGUCGAAGACUCAAUGAUUUCUCCAAUGGAACCGCACUGGAAAUGGUGUCUGACCCUUCUUGUAGUCUUGGUCAGUGCUCACACUGACACCAAAGUCACAUCCUCCCAGCAUAUGGAUGACUUCAUCAGAAUGUUGGAGCAGGUAGAAUACAGAAACCCUGGACUGGAGCCUGUAAAUGUGUUGAGAGGCCUGCGCAGGGCAACUGGUCUCAGAGAUGAGUUCAUGCAGCACUUCUUGGGCACUAUCAGGGAGGACAGCACCUCAGAGGCACCAGUUAUGGACUCCAAUCUCUCAGAUUUCAUUGGCAGAGCUGUGCGCCAUCAGGUGACAGAGAGAGGUAGAGAGGAAGGGGUUGUCCUUACUGCUGAUGGCACCACUGUUGCUAUGAGCCCAGUCCUUCUGGGUAUUGAAGCUGGGCUAGUGUCUAAGACGAGGUGUCAAGUCCGUGGCCUGUACCCCCUCACUCUGGCUAGGAACUUGGGUCUGUCCUUCCAGCACUUCAAUAGCUCUCUCCUCUCCCAACGCCUGGGCCCUGAUGGCUGCUGGGAUGACGUGACCUCGCCUCAGGUCUUCACCCUCUCCGACAAGCCCUCCCUCGCCACCGAUGCCCUGGUUAACGGUGGUAUGGAUGGUGUGAUUCUAGGGAUGGAGGUCUCAGCUCAGUCCCAGCGUCCUCUCAAGCUGAGCAGCCUACUGAGGAUGUACUACUGUCAUCGUCUUGAGGGGGAAGGACUGGACACUGCUCCUCGUCUGAUCAGCCGCCUACGCAGGGAGAACUUCAGAGAACUGGCCAGGCCCCCCCUCCUGCAGAGGCAGGUGGUGAGAUCCCUGGUCCUACAGAGGAGACUGAUCGACCACUCUACGAUGUUGUCACAGGAAAAGGAAGAGCUGACAGCUGUGGUGAGGGAAGGAAUAAAGGAGUUUGUCCACAGAUACAUGGACUGUCCAGCUAUUAUCCCACGGUGUCAGUGGGGGGCUGCACCAUACCGGGGCACCCCCACCCCCCUGUCCCUCCCCCUCUCGUUCAUGUACAUCCACCACACAUACCAGCCUGGCCAGCCUUGUCUCACCUUUCAGCAGUGUUCUACAGACAUGAGGUCCAUGCAACGCUUUCACCAGGAUGACCGGGGCUGGGACGAUAUUGGAUACAGCUUUGUGGCAGGCUCUGACGGGUACCUCUAUGAAGGGCGUGGGUGGCACUGGCAAGGGGCCCACACUAAGGGCUAUAACUCCAAGGGCUACGGGGUGUCAUUCAUCGGUGACUACACCUCCAGAUUACCAUCACAACAGACCAUGGAACUGGUGAGAGAUCGUCUGGCAUCCUGUGCUGUGGGAGGCGGGCGACUGGUCAGCAACUUCACCCUGUAUGGCCACAGACAGCUGGUUAAGACUUCCUGUCCUGGAGACGCCUUCUACUCAGAGAUCACAGGCUGGGAGCACUUUGGGGAGGUUCAAAACUGAAGAUAUGGUGAAAAGUGGAGUGAUUAAUCUUGACCAGUAUCACAGAAUAAAUAUUUCAUAUCUAAAA